AUGGUCGAGGCUCAGCAGACCGGUAACCAUACCGCUCACGAGGAGAUAGAUCUUGGGACAGCAGAGCAACCGACGAAUCCAUCUCGAGAAGAAGAGAAUCCUACUUCGUUCGUGCCGAGGAUACCACAUCACGAAUCUGCAACAACCUCACCUGAGCCAUUGAUCGUUGCGGAAAAUACAGUAGUCGCCAAGCCGAGCUCAUUCAUCAAUCGUAUACUUCCAGCAACAUGGUGGCCGACGUCGAGAAAGAGAUCAGCAGGUUGGGACUCAGAGAUACUUUCCUUGCGUAUGAUGGACGCUAUCGCCAACACCUUUCGCGAGAUGAAAUCAAACCUCGAGUUAUGGCGGGUGUUGAUGAUUGGGAUUACCUAUUUAGGAACAGGCAUGGGAGCGCUAUUAGGAUCAUCGCUCUCCAUUGAAUGCUCGAUCGAUACCUCCAUAUCUUUCGCUAUGGGGCUGUUUAUUUUCGGAACCAUUGGUCAGGUUUUCUUGCCGAAGCUCGCAUUAUUCCUCAUAUCAAGAUUUGUUGCUGGAGUUGGACAGGGUAUAAUGCUGGUUGUUGCUACAAUUUAUAUUUCCGACAUAGCAACGCCCGCCAAUCGAGGUGCUUUGGUCCUAGCGUUUUGGGCGGAGCAUCGUUAUUCUGUCGUAAAGAGGUGUCCCGUUGUAUUUGCGGGAAUCUUCUGGAUCAUGUCUUUAAAGUUGCCAAACUCGCCUCGUUUUCUGCGAUCUCGUGGACACAGUAUAGAAGCUCAGAAUAUUCUAGCACGAUUGCGUAAAACUGCUAGACCACGCAGUAAUUUUCCUGGGGAGUAUGACAUCGCCGAGCCGGCUGUGGCGUUAGAUAGCAGAAGCACACAGACACAGAGGCCUGGCGAACGAAACAGUUGUAUCAAUACUAUGUUUUCUUCGUGGUCAGAGAUAUGCGGUUCAAAAUAUCGGAAGCGUAUUAUGCAAGGUGUGCUUCUUUUGUCGAUGCCGCCGGCAUCAGCCUUCGCUGUUCUUCGGUAUCGUUCAAUUUUUGGGCACCAUUGCGUUGUCACAGAUGAUUGGAACGGAUGGUUUUUUUACUACUAUGAGAACCUGAUACGACUCGGUGGCCUGGUCAUUUGCUAUCUACUGAUCGAUAGAUGGGGUCGAAGACCACUGCUAUUAUACGGCUCUGCUGUGAGCGCGGUAUUUCUUAGCUUCGCUACAGCAGUGGCAUAUCUUGCGUUUGAAAUUCAGUGUGGUCAAGUUCCGAUGUUGACGAAGUGGCUGGGGUUGGCCGUGUCCGGGCAUUUCUAUUUAGUAUUUUCCGCGACUUGGGGCACCGUACCUAUCAUUCUUGCUGCUGAGAUCUUCCCUAGCCGUUUGAGAGCAAAAGGGUUUGCCAUAUCUGUCUGUGGGAGCUCAUUCGUUAAUAUCAUCAACGAUGUGUUGUGGUUCUAUGUUCCGGCACCACCGUGGCUUCUCUUGGCUUUGUUGAGUCUUGUUUGUCUGGCGGCUGGUGUUUGGGUCUAUUUCGACAUACGAGAAACCAAAGGGCUUGGGUUCGAACAGAUUGAUUCUGUCUAUCAGAAUAAAUGCAUGAGCUCUAGAGCCGUUGAUGAGGAGGUAGAGUUGCAAGCUACCCGCUAA